AUGGUAUCUAAUGAAUUAAAUUCUGAACAGUGUAAAAGAAUUAAUACCAAAUUAGAUGGUACAACAAGUAAAAGUUAUUUUUAUAAUAAGGAUGGUUUAUUGUUAAGAACAUAUUCAUGGAUAGUAAAAGGAGCUAUUGGUAUAUUUGUAUUAGUACAUGGUUUAAAUUCACAUAUAAGGUUCCAAUUUUUAAGACACAAUGCAGAUAUAGUUAGUAAUGAUAAGGUAAUAAUAAAAGACUUAGAUGAUUAUUAUAUAUACAAAGAUAGUUGGAUAGAAAAAUUAAAUGAGAAAGGUUAUUCAGUCUAUGGUUUAGAUUUACAAGGGCAUGGAGAAUCCGAAGGAUGGGAAAAUUUAAGAACGAAUGUAAAAGAUUUUGAUGAUUUAGUAUAUGAUUUUUUACAAUAUAUUAAUAUAAUUAAUGAUUCUAUACAAUCCGAAAAUGAGGAUAAUAAUUCUUCAUUAAAUAUGAUUGAAAAUUCUAUGGGCGAUAAGCAUGUACCUAAAAAGGAUGUUGUAAAAUUUGAUUCGUGUGAAAAAAGUCUAACUAAAAAAAAUAAACAUUGCCCCAUUCCAAUAUAUAUCAUGGGUUUAUCUAUGGGAGGAAAUAUAGUUUUAAGAGCUCUAGAAUUAUUAGAAAAAGAAAUACCCUCGAAGAAAUAUAUGAAUAUAAAAGGAUGUAUAUCUUUAUCUGGAAUGAUAAUGCUUGAAAAAUUAUCGUCAGUCAAUUCUAUUAAAUUUAAGAGUCUUUAUGAUAUAAUGAAAUUUGUGGGUAAUCAUUUUCCGAAAAAUAGACUUUUUGAAAAUUUUAAAUUUUCGAAACAUCCAUAUAUUAAUGAUCUUAUAUAUUAUGAUAAAUUAAGAUAUCCAAAAUGGAUAACUAGUCAGUUCGCUUUUCAGAUAUUUAAAGCAGUUGAGAAUUUAAGAGAGGAUAUAAAUUAUAUGCCAAAAAAUAUACCAUUAUUAUUUGUUCAUUCAAAAAAUGAUUCUGUAUGCUCCUUUGAAGGGACCCAGAAAUUUUUCGAUGAUCUUGAUACUAGUAAUAAAGAAUUUUAUCCUUUAGAUAUUAUGGAACAUAUGUUACCUAUGGAACCUGGAAAUGAACAAUUGUUAGGGAAAAUCUUAGACUGGAUACAUAAUUUGAAUAAUAAAAAUAACACUAGUAAAGAAAAUACAAGUAUGAAAAAUAUUAAGAAGAAUUUAUUGAAUAAUAUAUAA